AUGGAGGCGGGGAGUCCUAGUCGGAGGAAGAGGAAACUAGAAGAGCCGCCUGCGGCUACGGCGGAGGGAGGCACUCACGCCCGAGAACCGCCGCCCGGAGCGGGCCAAGGCGAGGAAGGAGGCCCCACCGCCGUCGACCGCAUCAGCGACCUCCCGGACCCCAUCCUCGCCGACAUCAUCUCCCUCCUCCCCACCAAGGGCGGCGCCCGCACCCAGAUCCUCGCGUCCCGGUGGCGCCACCUCUGGCGCCUCGGCUCCCUCAACCUCGACUGCGACGGCCUCGGCCGUGGCGGCUACUACAACCCCAACGAUGACCAUGCCGUCGCCGCCCUCAUCCCUCGCGUCCUCUCCACCCACCCGGGGCCCGGCCGUCGGUUGUGCGUCCCCGCGAACUAUCUCCGCUCCCGACCGGCUGCCGUCGACACCUGGCUUGGCUCCCCAACUCUUGACGGCCUUUGCGAGCUCGAGUUCCUGGACGUCUAUGAGAAAAUAAGGCCGUGGCCGUCCCUCCCGGAAUCUGCGUUCCGCUUCUCACCCACCCUACGUGUUGCCAUCAUCCGGAAAUGCCACCUCCCCGACUCUGCUACUCAGGCCCUUCACUUUCCCCAGCUUAAGCAGCUCGCUCUUGAGAACACUGUCAUGUCGGAGACAUCGCUGCACAGCAUGAUUGCCGGGUGUCCUGCUCUGGAGUGCUUGCUGAUUCACAGCACCUCGGGCGUCCGUUGCAUUCGGAUCAACUCCCUUACCCUUAGAAGCUUCGGCGUGUGUGUUGGUCCUCAGCUGACAGAUGAACUCCAGCUCGAGGAACUCAUCAUCGAGGACGCCCCUUCCCUUGAAAGGUUGCACCGUCUUGAUCUAUUUGAUGGCUUGCAUGUAUCAUUGACCUCAGCGCCUAAGUUGAAGACCAUAGGCUGCCUUACUGACAUCUCCAGAAGUCCCUUGGAUGGCCCUGCCCAAGUUAUUCAGGGAUUGCAUCUUGAUAGGCUGACGGCGGUGCUAUGCACUGUCAAUAUGUUAGCUAUUGAUUUGUUUUUGCUUGAUCUGGAUACAGUUAUUGAGUUGAUGAAAUGCUUUCCCUGCUUAGAGAAGUUGUAUAUUCAGUCUGUACAAGCAGAGAAAAAUUUAUGGCGUCGUAAACAUCGGAAUCUUAUCAAAUGUUUUGACAUCCGCUUAAAAACAAUAGGAUUGGGAUCCUAUCGGGGCAUCAAGUCAGAAGUUGACUUCGUCACAUUCUUCGUACUGAAUGCAAAAGUGCUUGAGUUAAUGAUAGUUCAGAUUCACCCUGGUGAUUACUAUCGGGGAUUUGCUGCAGAGGAGUCUAGGAGGCUGAAGUUUGAGAACAGAGCUUCAAGAGGUGCUCAGAUUCACUUUACAACUGAUAGAUGUCUCCGUCGUAUUUUAGAAAUCAACCAUGUCCGUGAUUUGGAUCUAACGGAUCCCUUCAUAUGUAGAUACCGACAUUGAUUGCCCCGUUGAGUAGUUCUUGCCCAUCUCAUUUUCUGCCUUUUCCAAACUUGAUUAAUACUUGUGUUUCCUGCUUUUAUUCUUCAUUUUGUAGUAUCCUGGAAUCUUGUGACAAAGCACAAACUGUUUAAGCUAUUUGUGUUGUCAGUUUUCUGUUAUACUAUCUAUCAGCACUGUAACCUAGGCAGGGACAUGCACAGUCUCUCUGAAAAGUUGUACUGUUUAGUGCUAUGUGCAAAAUGAGUAUGGAAUUAUGUCAUUCA